GCGUCACCAUAUAUAAAGAUCACCGGGAGUUCCCGAAAAAUCACAUUCAGUAUCCUAAAGCCGAACAAUGGUUAACAUGAGCUAUCACCAAUCUCAACUAAAAUAUAUACACAGUCCGAACCCAAGACAGUCGAGAAAGCGAAAUACUAAAACAAAAAGGACUUGUUGGGACAAAUUAUCGCCAACGACCAAUUGCCAGACUUGAUCAUAAGAGGCUUUCAGAAGUCCUGGUCCAGCGCGUUCCAGCGUGUGGAAGACCCAUCGGUGUCGACUGACUAACGGAGCGAAAGAUGACUGCCGAGUGGCUUCACCUGCCCCCUCCGUACCCCCCAGGUGUGGGACCGCUGUGUGGUGCAGAGUUGGAGGCGUGGUAUGAGGACCUGCAGGAUAUACUGGGAUCAGACGGAGGCGGGGCCAAACUGGCGCGUGCCCCUCCCUGCUCUGAGGAGCCGGAGUUCCUAGAUGUUCUGGAGAGCUGUUCCCUGACAUGGCUGACAGACGGGGUGGGUGUCGGGGGCGAGGUGUGGGACGGAGGUGAGGGGGUCCAGAGGGUCACGAUCCCAGAGGAGCCUCCUACCCAUCCACCCCACCACACCUCCUCCAACACCUCCCAUCCGAGUCCAGCUGAGGAAAGGGCGGAGAGGCAAGGGGACAGGGAGGGAGGGAGGGAUGGAGAAAGAGGUGGCUUGUUGCCCCCAGAGUUCUUUGAGUUGCUGAACGAGGGAGGGGUGGGCAUGGUGGAGACCGGAGGGGUGGGCAUGGUGGAGACAGGAGGGGUCAUGGUGAGCGGUAGCCACCACCACCAUCAUCAUCAGCUUCAUCAUCACUCCGACAAUGUCCAACAACCUGAGUCUCCCUCCGCCAGCGAGGAGGAAAACACCUGUGUCCCCGACUCUCCCUCCUGCUCUUCCUCCUGCUCUUCCUCCGCCUCUCCGUCUACCUCUCUCAACUGCUCUCCUCCUUCCUCUCCUACUAGCACCUCGUUCUCCUCGUCUCGGCAGGACAAACGCAAGAGGGGCAACUCUCUGUCCUUCCCUUCCUCUGGCUCACACUCAUCCUCCUCUUCUGCAAAGAAGAGCAGGAGAGAGAGGGAGCAGGAGAACGAGAGGAAGGUGCAGGAGCUGACAGAUCAGAACGAGAGGUUGAAAGCGGAGAUAGACAGACUGGGAGAGGAGGUGCAGAGGACACGCCGAGCCCUGAUAGAGAGACUAGUUAACACCAGGAAGUGAGGGAGGAAGGAAGUAACAAGGCAGAAAAUGAGCAUUUGGAAUAGCAGGUUGGCGGUGAAGGGUUUAACACGGUAGUGACUUUAAAAUGCAUUUCCUUGACAGCAUUAAUUAAGAGAGAAACCUUUUCUAGACAGCAUUAAGAGAGAAACCAAAAGAUAUGUUUUAAGAAGAAAGUUAAAUGAUAAUUUUCUGAAAAACUGUAUGAGAAAGUAAGAAGGAAAAAGGGGUAGAUAUAAAGAGCGAGCGAUGGAAGA